AUGGGCAUUGAUCUUACUAAAGAAGACGACGUGAUGUAUGUUGGCAGGACUUUCAAGACGAAAGACGAAUUCAAAAUAGCAAUGUAUAUUCAUGCAAUCAAUCAGGUUUUUCGGUUUAGGUUUGUCAGGUACAACAAGUGUUAUCUCGUAGCACAAUGUGUUGACAAGCUAUGCGACUGGCGGGUGUACGCGCAUCAGAUAGGUGAUACCGAGGAGUACGAGGUUAGGAAAGUGAAGCUCGAACAUGUUUGUGAUGUGGAGACCCGAGGUCAGUUUACAAAACACGCCACCUCUAAGGUAACUUCUGCUUUACUACGGUUGAAGUAUGUAAAUGUUUUAGCGGGUCCUAGAGCGAGAGAUCUACCUGAAGUUAUGUUAGGCGAGCAUAAUGUUACGACAUCUUAUUGGAAAUACUGGAAAGCCAGAGAAUUAGCGACAGAAGAUGAUGAGGUUGGAGAGGAUAGGUUUAAAUUUGCUUUUGUUGCAUUGGGUGCAAGUAUUCAAGGCCUGAAAUACAUUCGGCGUGUUGUUGUUAUCGAUGGAACUCACCUCCACAGAAAAUACGGCGGAUGCUUGCUUACUGCUAGUGGACAAGAUGCAAACUUUCAGAUAUUUCCAAUAGAUUUCGCUAUAGUGGACAGCGAGAAUCACAAUUCUUGGACCUGGUUCAUGGAGAAACUGAAAGACAUUGUACAGGAUGGGACUGAUCUAACUAUCAUAUCUGAUCACCACCAGUCAAUAUACCAUGCUAAGUCUCUGGUGUACCCUCGAGCGCACCAUGUCUGUUGUCUCCUACACCUGAAGCGCAAUGUCAGAAGUUCGUAUGCAGGAAUGGUCGGCCUUGUUUGGAAAGCUGGGGAGACGUUCAGAGUUAAAGACUUUAACAAGUGGUAUGGACGUAUUAAAAAAAGGAAGCCUCAAUGUUGGGACUACCUACAGAAGAUUGGAAUUGCACAUUGGAUGCGUGCACACUUUAAAGGGGAGUGCUAUAACUUACUAACAAGCAAUAUAGCUGAAUCUCUCAACCAUGCACUGCUACCGGCCAGAGAUAGCCCAAUUGUUGCAUUUAUUGAAUUCUUUCGAAAGAUGCUUAGUAGGUGGUUUGAAUCCCGGAGGAAGAAAAUGGCUAAUUGUUGA